AUGUGGUUCUUGCUUUCUUUCGUGUUCGUUUUCGCUUUCGUCCGUGCAGGUUAGAGAUUUCCAAUCAUUUUUAUAAGUUAUUUUAUUCGGAAUGAGUGCUUAUCACUUCAAAUCUCGGCUUCGUUUCAAUACAAAUCGUGAUUUUUACUACUAUCUUUGUCGUCUUUUUGGAGACUCAAAAAAGAAUCCUGAAACUUAUUCCUUUUUCGUUACCAGCAGUAACAAGACAACUACCUAUGGUACCCAGAAAAAUAACAUUAGCAUUGGAAAAUGAAGCUAAUCGAUGAUUUUCCAGCACUAUUUCAUCUAUUUGAUAUAAAAAUUGACAGAUAAUUGUAACCUGAACCAAUUCCCGAGCAGUUGGGCCUCUAUCAAUACAAAAAACGUCUUUUUGUAUGGGGUCACGACGCCGGCAAACUAUCCGAAUACUUCAUUUUGUUCGCAGGUUAUUUGGAUUUCCUGCAGGAUCACAAAAAUAGUUCAGUAUGACACGACGAGCAACUCGAUCACAGUCCACUCACAUAUCCAUCUCGCCAGGCAGAACAUGGUCUACAACGACACCGUCACUGCUGGGCCACCCAGUAAGUCUUUGAAAUAAAUUAUAGUGAAAUCUGACAAAUGAUUCAGCAGAGAUUUUUCUACAUCUUACUCUGAAGACUGAAUAAAUUGUAAUUGUAAAAAUUGUAAAUUGUAAUUGAAAUCUGACAAAUAUUCUUCCUCGGUUUUUCCGCUGAAUUUUUACAUGUAUAGUUCAUAACCAAAUACUGGAAGACAAUUGAGUCUUGAAAAGCCAAAAAAAACCGUUUUCUAGGAUGUUUCAGUUAAAUUACCUUUUUUAAACUAUAUCAUUUCCCUUUCAAACACCCUUCUUGACUUAGUGGUCCCUAGAAAUAUAGGAGAAGGGUUAAGGCUACCCCUCUAGGGAUACCUUCGGGACCUAAUUACCUCACAAAAAAGUUUUAUUAAAUCCUGAACUUAACUCCUUCCUCACGAAUCACAUAUCUGCUCCAAACUUUUGUGCCUAGAGAGGAACGAAAAUAAUCAUUUUUACACAGUUAAACGCUAUCAUUUCCAAUCUUUCACAGGCGUUUCCAACUGCGCCAACUUCAACUCGCAGCUGACCUACUGCAAAAAUCACUGCAUCGACACGGCUUUCCUGAAGAGAGUCAUCGACAUCGGCGUUGGGAACAGCCUGCCUUUGGCCGUUUCUAAUGCGGUUCUACAUUCACUCAGAAAUAACCUGACCCAAAUUUCCAGAUUUACCAGUAUCUGGGCUCGCCGCCUGACUGGACCGUCAGUACCUUUCAGGUGGACCCUGCAAAGGGAACCCCCGAGAUUGACUACGAAUAUUACAACGACAAAUACUUUUGCGCCGUUCAAAUAAAAGUGUCAAAAGGAGGAUUUAGGUUGAUUAACAUUCAAUUUUCAGGCGAGCAACGUACCCUACUCUCGACUUAUAGUCGCUACGAGAAUCAUCACUUGA